UAUUUUUAUAAAACGAUUAAUUUCUUAAAUUAGUGCGUUAUACUUAGUCGAAAACCUUUGGAAGUUAUGUUACACAUAAAUAGGGAGGGAUUCACGACUGUGAUCAUACUAAUAAUUUCGAGUUUUUGCUUUCUGAAGGCUGUCUGCACUCGUCUGAACAGAAACACUGAUUUCUGAAAUCAAGAUACCAAUGGGUCAGCAAUCCAGUGUAUUAAGAGAUUCUGCAAUGGAAGAGAACGUUCAAGUAGUAGCCUCUCCACUUCCUCUUGCUGUCGUUGAGGAGAUUUUUCUGAAUCUACCAGCAUAUAAUGUUGUGCGCGACUGUCGUCUUGUUUGCCGUGAGUGGAAGCAAUUGGUGGACAGUGCUGCCCUGUGGAGGGAGCGGUGUAGGAGAGAAGGCUUUGAGCCUGAGGCCACAAAGUCCCCAAGAAACUGGCAGGCAUUUUAUUUCUUGUGUAAGAAUAGACGAAACCUGUUGAAAAAUCCCAUUGCUGAAGAUGGAGUCCACGGGUGGAAAAUAAUACAGAAUGGAGGGGAUAUGUGGAAGAUAGAGGAACUCCCAGAGCCACUUCAUGGCCGAAUCAAAAAAUAUUUUGUUACCUCCUAUCAACGCUGUCUUAAAGAGCAGUUGAUCUGCUUAGAAAAAGAAGGUUACAGUCCACUUCUCAUGGAUGAAAUACAACCUCGAAUAAUAAUCUCUGACUGGUAUGCACCGCGCUGGGACUGUGGGUCUGAGUAUGAGAUCUGUGUGGAGCUGCUGAACCACAAGAAGCAAGUGAUCCAAACCUUUAGACCUGAGAGAGUAUACUUUCCCCAAUGGAAUGAUAUGCAGUGGAACAACGUGACACAUGCUUUUCAGGAUUAUGGACCUGGUGUGCGCUACGUCAGAUUUAUUCACGGUGGUAAAGACACACAGUUCUGGGCUGGCUGGUACGGAAUCCGUGUUACAAACAGCUCCGUGGAGAUCAACCCAGCAGCAAGGGUUUCAGCAGACAGCGCAGAUCAAUGAGAAGCAGUCCUGAGACACAGCAACAUGCUGGUGGCCAAGGGGAAAGGUGGACCAUCUUACUGCAGCUCUCAUGCAUACAAGCAUUCAGUGCCUUGCUUAAGGGCAAACACUGCAGUCCUGUAUGUCAUGAUUAUUAAGCUUGUUAAAUAACAUUUGUCUUUGCACAAAUUCAAAAUUGCACAACAUGUUUAUUUUCUGUAUACUACUUCCACAUUGUGGGAGCUGUCCUGUAUGUGUACAUACAUGUUGUAAUCCAUUACUGACAUGAUUUAUUAAUUAUUAAU